AUGGGUGACAUGCGUUGUACUCCGUUCCAACUCAGUGUACAGGAGGCUGAAGUUGUGGUAAGUACCGGCGUGGUUCGGGGUGAAACUUCGUUGUCGACGACGUUGCUGUAUCUCUUCUUCGUCCUGGUAGAUGACUUCACACCUCAAAUGGCAGGUGAAUUCGAAGACGGCGAGGAAAAUUCCUUGCAUGCGGGCCAAUGUAGAAUCACAGGAGCCCAGGCAAGGCAAACGCGGGUAGAAGUGCGCCAUCGAGCGCUUGCCAUCUCCAUCUCUUUGUUCCGCCACACCCACAUGGAGGAUGGUUGGAUUCUAUCAUCACCUACUCCGUGGUCUCGGCGCUCGUUUGGUGCUGCUGCUGUGUGGAGGGCCAUAUGCUAUAGUGCGGGUUUCCGCUUCCAUGCGCAAAACUGGGCUGCUGGUUGUUUUUGCCUCCUCCGAAUUUUUAAUUGUGGUGAUAGUUAA